GGAUUCACAUGGGUCGUGUUUUCGUUUCUUCCCAUGGGUCCUCUCUCUCUCUCUCUCUCUCUCUCUGAACCGACAAUUAUCAGCUUUGAAGGAUAAUACUCCGUAAUAAAGAUCAAUAAAAAUACCCAUUUCUCUUCUUCUUUUUCCUCCUCAAGCUUUCUUUUUUUUUCCCUCUGCAUUCUUUUCUUUCAUUUCUAGGGGGAGUUAUGGCCCAGGAUCAGGAGAUGGCUGCUCCUAUUGUGGACGGGAAUGACGCUGUUACCGGUCAUAUAAUUUCCACAACCAUUGGGGGGAAGAAUGGAGAGCCGAAGCAGACAGUUAGUUACAUGGCUGAGCGUGUCGUUGGGACGGGAUCCUUUGGAGUUGUUUUUCAGGCAAAAUGCUUGGAAACCGGGGAAACGGUGGCUAUUAAGAAGGUGUUGCAAGACAGGAGAUAUAAGAAUCGCGAACUGCAGUUAAUGCGCACAAUGGAACACCCGAAUGUCGUCUCUUUGAAACAUUGCUUCUAUUCGACCACAACCACAAAUGAGCUUUUUCUCAAUUUGGUCAUGGAAUAUGUUCCCGAAUCCAUGUACCGAGUGCUCAAGCAUUACUGCAAUAUGAACCAGCGAAUGCCACUCAUAUACGUUAAACUUUACACUUACCAAGUAUUUAGAGGGCUGGCAUACAUGCACACAGUUUCUGGAGUAUGCCAUAGAGACCUAAAACCUCAAAAUGUUUUGGUUGAUCCUAACACUCACCAGGUUAAGAUUUGUGAUUUCGGAAGUGCAAAAGUACUUGUUAAAGGUGAAGCAAACAUAUCAUACAUUUGCUCUCGGUUCUAUCGGGCCCCAGAACUUAUAUUUGGGGCCACAGAGUAUACAACCUCAAUAGAUAUUUGGUCAGCUGGCUGUGUCCUUGCUGAGCUUCUCCUCGGACAGCCAUUGUUUCCGGGAGAGAAUGCUGUUGAACAACUUGUGGAGAUAAUCAAGGUUCUUGGAACUCCAACACGCGAGGAAAUUCGUUGUAUGAACCCGAACUAUACCGAUUUCCGGUUUCCUCAAAUAAAGGCCCACCCUUGGCACAAGGUUUUCCAUAAACGCAUGCCUCCAGAAGCAAUUGAUCUCGCAUCUCGACUGCUACAGUACUCUCCAAGUCUGCGUUGCUCUGCUCUAGAAGCAUGUGCUCAUCCUUUCUUUGAUGAGCUUCGAGAGCCCAAUGCUCGGCUUCCAAACGGGCGCCCGUUGCCUCCACUUUUCAAUUUUAAACAGGAGUUGCAUGGGGCCUCGCCGGAGCUCAUCAACCGAUUGAUACCCGACCACAUGAAGAGGCAACUCGGCAUGCAAUCAUUCCCGUCCCACGGCGGAGGCUUGACGUGAAACCCUAACUUGCAACCCCAUACUCGUCAAUGCCCGGGACCCACCAAACAGAGUGCUUCGAUAGACAACCCACCGUGGAAAACGACUGUAUCUCCGAAUCGCCGUGCGUAAUUAUAUGUCCUUUUACGAAAAAAUGUAUUAUUGUUGUUGUACCAUUUUUUUUCCUCAUGUUUCUGUUCCAUUCUGCAACAACCUCAGUGCCACCUUAUGGAAGAAAUCCCAUUUGGUUGAACCAAAGACAACUAAACAAGUUACAUGUAUGGGAGCAGUGUGAAGUGAAAGGCUCCAAAAUUAUUGGGAAAAAAACUGUUCUCUUCUUUUUUUUUCCUUUAAAAAAAAUCUUUCCAAUGUGGGGUUUUGUCUUUAUAAUGUGUCUUGGUUCAAUGUUCCAUAACAUGUAUUGUUGUAUCUAUAUUUACCUAAGAUUAAUGUUUCAUACCAUGUAUUGUUGUUGUAGCAAUAUGUUUCGUAAGUUUCGUUGUUUUUCGUCCAUUUCUUUUUUUCCCUCAUUUGCAGAGGAAAAUUUUCAUUUGUACAGAGUAUUAAAUAUAUUCUGUGAUU